AAUGACAAGUUGCGCUGCAGCUGGGGGACUGUUUGAUAAACAAAACCGACAUUGUGUUCAUUUUCCUGCGUUUCUUAUUUUUCCUUUAACGGCUGGAGAACAAAAUCGUUUUUCUUAUGAAGUAUGGCCACAGUCAAAAAGGACGACCGACUGACAAGUUCUCAAAGUUUACUGUGUGUCGGUUUUGCCGGAGUUUUUAGCAAAACUGUAACGUCACCUCUGGAGGUAGUGAAGAUUUUGAGUCAAAUAGGAACGUUUCACUGUAAACGUGGCUUCCUGCACAGCUUCGUUUUUAUCUGUCAGAAUGAGGGACUUCGAGCUUUUUGGAAGGGUAACAUGGUUUCCUGUCUACGGUUGUUCCCCUACAGUGCCAUACAUUUAGCAACUUACAAAAAUAUUGUCCACCUUCAUGUUGAUGAACUGGGUGAUAUCUCACAGUGGAGAGCCAUAGUAGCCGGUGGGCUGGCAGGCAUAUCUGCCGCUCUAGCAACAUAUCCACUGGAGGUGCUUGAAACCAGACUUAUUGCUCAGAAUUGCCAAGAACCAACAUACAGAGGCUUGCUGCAUUCUCUCUCCACCAUCUACAGAAAUGAAGGACUUCAGGCUCUCUACAGGGGCUUUUCCCUCACAGUGUUAGGUGCUGUCCCCUUCUCCAUUGGCUGCUAUGCGGUGUAUGUCAAUUUGGAUAAGCUGUGGCAGGAGCGUCAUGUUCGCUUCACAUCUUUGCAGAACUUCAUCAAUGGCUGUCUUGCAGCAGGAGUCGCUCAGACGCUCUCCUUCCCCUUUGAAUCUGUUAAAAAGAAGAUGCAGGCCCAGAGUCGUCUUUUGCCCCAUUGUGGAGGAGUCGAUGUCCAUUUUAAUGGAAUGCUAGACUGCUUCAGACAGGUCAUCAAGAACAAGGGCAUCAUGGCUCUUUGGAGUGGCCUUACAGCCAACAUGGUGAAGAUUGUCCCAUAUUUCGGCCUGCUUUUCAGUUGCUUUGAGAUGUGUAAGCAAGUCUGCCUUUACCGGAAUGGCUACAUCAUUUCUCCACUAAGCUACAAGCCUAAACCAGGCGUGGACCAGAGCCUGGGCCCACAUGAACUGCAGGAGUUUAAGCGCUACCUGAGAAACAGAAAAUCACACAAAGCACAGAGUUCAUCCAUAGGAAACCGCUGGUAACUAUCAGUAAUAAACAGAACUCUGAGAAGUGCAUUGAUGAUGAGUAUAAGGUGUUUGUACUGCUGGAAGGCACAAUGUAUUAUUCACAGUUGUACCUCUUAUUGUAUUUAACUUCCGAUAUUAAGGAUUCUGCACAUGCACACUUGAAACAAGUUCAUUUCGUACAUUCUACAUUACCUCAAACACAUCAGACUUAAGUGUUUUUAUGAACUGUGGUAAUGUAAAACCUCUUUUAAUCACUUCUCAGGAAAUAUGUUGAACAUCAUUUCAACAAUAUAGAGCGAUGCCUUUGUCAAACAAAGUAUAGGUCUUUUACCGGAUUUUAGCUCUUGGGCCUUUUUAAAGGUCUUCUGUUAUUUAUAAACCACAUGCUUUUAAAGUCAUAUUGUGGUGCAGUUUUUGCAUUUGCAUAUUUGAUCAUUAAUGACAGUAUGAUUUUGAAUGUGCAUUGUAAUGUAAUAUACAUCAUGUUGAUCUGGACACAUGGUAACCCAGUAAUCACUGACUCUGAUUCAGCUGUGAAAAGGACAAGAUUUGUUUACUAAAAGCGUAUUUGAGUGUUUCAUUUUUAAAAUGUGGCACGUUAAGAUUAAAUCUUUAAGCACAUUGUAAAAAUUAAAGAAAUAAACAUAUCUUAGUUCUUAUUGUCAACU